CCCACCAAGAGCAAGGCUUAGGCCCAGUGUCCUGGAUGGUAUAUUGGCGGACUGAAUUGCUCUCCCAUCAAAUUGUCAAGCAUGGCUGGUCGUAUAGCUAUCCUAUGAAAUUUCUCCUAUAGUUUGAUUGGUAUGCUUGAGAUCAUAUAAAAUUGAGAGGCACAUUUCCACUUCAUCCACCAAGCUCUAAUUUUAUGAUCGACAUCCUUCUCAAUCUCCACUCUCAUGAAUUAUCACGCCAAGAUAUCAAAAAUCUCCACUCUCAUGAAUUAUCAACCCAAGAUAUCAAAAAAGGUCAUUUUGGGAUACUUCUUGGUCAGAAAUCUCCACUAAUUCCUUGCUUCCACACACAUUGUUAUUAAAAUUGCAUUCCAUAUGCUCUUAGUUAACUAAAUUUAUAACCUUUAGAUUCUAAAGCAUCAGUCCAUAGUUCUAGCUUUGUGUUUGCCCCCACCCUCGUCUUGUCAAUCAAAACUAUAUCAUCUGUAAACGACAUACACCACGAGACAUCCUUCUCAAUUCAAGUAAAUGAAUCUAAUUUUGAUUUACCAACCACAUCUGAUGAUGCACAGGGAAUAGUGUACAUAAAGAGUGUGAUGGUCGAUUUGCAGGCACUAAUAAAUUGCAAGCAGCAACAGAUAACUGAAUUAAACAGUCCAAAUUGUGGGGCACAAUUUAGAUAGACUAUAAACUAAAAAAUUGCAGUAAUUUGAUUACUUCACCAGCCAAUUGGUGGACAUCCUAUGGAUGGUUGUGAUAAAAAAACAGCCAAUGGUCCAAAUUCAGCAAACAAAUUGCCAACAAUCAGAGGUAAGAAUCAGUCAACCAUUCUUAUUUAUCUACAGUAGGCUCCUCACUUUUGGAUAGUUUGAUUUGAGUUAAUAUAUGCCAGGUGUACAAUUUCUAACUGCCUCCACAUCAAGUGUCACUCUCUGCCAGAACAAAUAAUUCUCCAUAUGGUAACAUCACCAUUCGGAAACAACCUUCAUUACCAAAAAAAUGUAAAGUCGGGUCAGUUUGCAUUUACAACUCCAGUGGCUGGCAACUAUUUGGCAUGUUUCUGGGUAGAUGGCCAUAACAAAGGCAUUACAUCUAGUGUCAAUCUUGAAUGGAAGAUUGGAAUUUCGGCAAGGGACUGGCUUUCUGUUGCCAGGAGAGAAAAGAUAGAGGGUGUUGAGCUUGAGCUGAGGAAACUAGAAGGGGCAGUGGAGGCCAUCCAUGAGAAUUUACUCUAUCUCAAGAACAGGGAAGCUGAGAUGAGGACAGUGAACGAACUCACUAAUUCUAGAGUUGCAUUGUUCAGUAUCAUGUCUCUGGGAAAAAUUUCUGAGCAGAGGUAUGAUAGAUAUUUGGCCUUUUCUUGUGGAAAUGGGAGAAUGUGUGUGAUCGUGCAUAUUGCAUGUAUGAGGCGAUUUUAUCGCAGGUCUUGUACGUAUUUUUCAGAGAGAGAUCAUCAUGAUUGCUUUCUGUCCAAUUCAUUCAUUCAUUUACUAGACCAAUGUUAAAUUUUGACUUUUUGAAUGCAGAAGCUACAGCUGCAAGCAUAGUUCUAAAAACUUGUUGAGCUGAUUUGUAACUUGUCUGACUCGACUAGACUCUGCCAGAUUUUGAGCCAGGUCACUGGGAAACUGGGUCCUGGGCCCUGACUCAAUUCGGGAUGACUUGUCGAGUUUACUUAACUACCCAGUUGAUUUGACACGAAUUGCGGUGACUCGAACUGACUCACUCAGUCUAGAAUUGAAAAUGGUGGAGGAAGAAGGGGAUCGAACCUGCAACCACUACCACAGGGAUAGAUGCACCUAACAAGCACCUAACAAUUUGAUCCCAAUUUUUAUAUUUUCUUUUACUUGUACCUAUUUUAACUGUGUUAAAUACCUAUUCCUAUUCUUGA